AUGUCGAGCGCCGCUCCACCAGUAACGGCGCCCAUCUCGGGUCCGCAAUCAGCUCCCGUCGGUCAGCCGCCCGCGCCCUCCGCAUCCUUGGUCGCGAAGUACCGAGGCGCGACCGUCGAGGAUCUUCAAGUGCCUCCUGCCAUCUCGGUGCCUCGCUCUACUCCCAUCUCGUCCGCUCUGCGCGUCGCUCUCGACCAUGACUACUCGCAACUGCCUCUCGUCAGCGAGAAGAACCGAAAGCUGCUCGGCUACGUCCAGAAGGAUCGUCUCGAGGAGCAGCUCAAAAGCGGUAACGGCGACAAGUCGGUCGCUUCGAUCAUGACCAAGUUCUCGAGCGGUGCAUCUCCUUCUUCGUCCUCUGCCGCCGCUGCCGCCACCUACACCGUCAUCACCCCCGACACGGGUCUCGCAGAGCUCGAGGUGUUCCUCCAGUCGCACCCCUUCGCCUUCAUCACCGACCCCGGCCGGGCGUUUGUCCUCGGCGUGGCCACGCAGGAGGAUCUCACCAAGUACGUCUCCAGGCGAGGACUAGACGGCACUCGAUCCGGCGCCGCAACACCUACUCAGACCAGCACCACCAUUCCCGCCGUUGCUGGGGACGCCGACGAACCCAUGCCCUCCACCUCUGCGGCCGCUCCUGCCGGCUCGUCAACACAAGCACCCGCCCUCUCCCGCCGCGAAGAGGAGGAAGCGAGAAAAGAUCGCACGCUCGCCGAGUUCAUGCAGCUGCUCGACGGCUAUACACCCCUGAUACCCGACCAGGUCACCGACUUCUACCUCGAAAAGGUCGGUUUCGAAUGCCACGAUGUGCGCCUCAAACGAUUGUUGUCCCUGGCGGCGGAGAAGUUUGUGAGCGACAUUGCGGCGGAUGCAUUCCAGUACGCGAGGAUCAGGACGAAUGCGGGGCCUGGUGGGCGUCCGCGUGGGCAGGUUGGUGCGGGCGGUGCUGCCGGUACUGGUGCAGGUGGUGCCGGUGCAGCGGGGGCACUGCCUGCGAACGUCAGGGAUAGGUCAAGGACGGUUCUCACCAUGGACGAUCUGAGUGCGGCGCUCGGAGAGUACGGUAUCAAUGCUCGCCGCGCUGAGUACUUCCGCUAA